AUGAUCGUGCUGCUAUCACGCUCCAAGACCUUCAUACCUUCAUUUAGGAGGGUAUUUGCUUAUUACUCAACUUCGUUGCCAAACACCUUAGACAUUGCUGGUAAAAAAUAUGAUACAGAUUCAAACUAUACCAAUGUGACCCCCUCGAUCUUAUCUCAUGUCAAUGAGAACCUUCAUUUGAGAAAACAUCAUCCAAUAAAUACGCUGCGAGAAUUGAUAGAGAAUACACUGAAUUCAGUAGAUAAUACAUUCAAGACAUACAAUUCGUUUUCUCCAAUUGUAACGACGUAUCAGAAUUUUGACGUAUUAGACAUCCCAGUAGAUCAUCCGGGAAGAUCGAAAUCUGAUACGUAUUAUAUCAAUAAAGAUUACCUGCUGAGAACACAUACAUCUGCUCAUGAACUUGAGUGCUUCCAUGAUCUUCUCCUACAAGAAAACAUUACGAACCGUGGGUUUUUAAUAUCUGCUGAUGUUUAUAGAAGGGAUGAAAUCGAUAGGACUCAUUAUCCAGUUUUCUAUCAAAUGGAAGGUGCUAGAAUUUGGGACCGUUCCAGUUUAGCAUUACUCAAAAGUGAUUUAUCCAAGCUGGAGAAUAAAUUAUUAGACAUAGAUAAAGGAAAAAAUAUCAUUAGAUUAAUAGUUCAAGAUGAUGUUUCUUUGGAAGGCAAUCCGAAACAAAAUUAUAUGACAAUGGAAGAAUAUGAUCUCUGUUCAAGACAUUUGAAACGAUCCAUUGAACUGCUAAUAAAACAAGCGUUUGCCCAGAAAAUUAAAAAUAUGACAACUGCAGAUAUUAAUCAAACGACCACUGAAUUAAACGUCAGAUGGAUCAAAACAUCAUUUCCAUGGACUGCUCCAUCGUGGGAAAUUGAAGUUUGGUGGAAUGGAGAAUGGCUUGAGCUUUGUGGUUGUGGAUUAAUAAAACAGGACGUUUUAUUAAAAGCAGGUUAUAGAUCUGACUCCACAAUAGGUUGGGCUUUUGGACUGGGAUUGGAUAGAAUUGCAAUGCUACUUUUUGAAAUUCCUGAUAUUCGACUUCUUUGGACUAAGGAUGAACGCUUCCACCAGCAGUUUAGGGAUGGUGCCAUCACAUCUUUCAAGCCAUACUCAAAAUAUCCGGGAAGUAUGAGAGACAUGGCCUUUUGGUUACCAGAUGAGUCCUUAUAUGUCGAAUUACAUGAAAAUGAUAUAAUGGAAAUAGUCAGAUCAGUAGCAGGUAAUCUAGUGGAAAGUGUCAAACUCAUUGACAAAUAUAGAACCCCUGACACUAAUAGGACCUCGCUUUGUUAUAGAAUAAAUUAUCAGUCUAUGGACAGGAACAUUACGAACCAAGAAGUUAAUAAACUUCAGGAGCUAGUACAAGAUCAGCUAAUGUCAAAAUACAAUGUUAUAUUAAGAUAA